UAUUAAUCCUCUCUGCCGGACCAUCCUUGUUUUCACUUUCUUGUUCUUUAGACCACCAUCCUUCCUCGUCCUCCAUCAAUCGGCCAACCAGCAGAAAUCAACCGACCAAAUCGACAGCCAUCCGGAAAUAAUACGAUAUCGAACACCAUGUCCUCUGCCUACCCCAACCUCCCCUUGUUGUCUCUCCCCGUCGCAGCGGGUCUCGCCUAUGCCCCCCACUUCAUCCGUGGCCUGAUCGUCAUUAAUGCCACCAAGCGAUGGAACAACAUUAGCCCCAGAGGUCAGCUCGAAAAGAUCGAAAGUCGCAUGUCCAAGGCAUCCUGGGCAAUGGCCAAGCGUACCGAGGGCGCUCACAUCAACGGUCUCGAGACCCUGCCAGUGUUCUUUGGCGCCGUUCUUGCUGCCCUCCAUGCUGGUGUCGCCAAGGAUACCGUCAACUUUUACGCCGGCUUCUUUGUUGCGUCUCGCCUCCUGUUCAACAUUGUGUACAUCUUCAACACCACACAGAUCGCAGCCCUCGCACGCACGGGUAUCUGGACUGCCGGUAUGGCUGCUUGCUUGAAGCUGUUCCUGGCUGCUGCUGCCACCAAGUACUAGAUGUUGGGGUGGAAAUGAGGUUGACACAGGAUAGAUGUAGAUGUGGUUGGCAUAGCAGCCUGUUGAUUAAAAGAAACGAUAAUAUGAAGCUUUAUAUACACCACAAAGACAGGGUGUCUUCCAC